UUUAAUAGAAUGCGGUAAUGGCAAAGAAAAAGCUGGUGAAGAACCUUCUUCACCACGAAAAGUUGAAGAGACCGAGGGACGCUCAAGAGGCAGAGAACGUGGGCGCAUAGAGGGUGGCCAAGGACCACCUAGCGCGGGAGAAGGAAUGCCUGAACAUGGAAGGGCUGGGCAAAGAAUUGUUGGGCAUGGAAUAGCUGGCGAGCGACUGAAUAUUGGACCAAUGCGAGUAAAAUACAAAUCAUCUGAUUUGCCACCUAAUUUUACGGAAGAAUAUCGAAAACGAAUGGCAGCAAUUCAAAAUAAAGGAAAAGGAAUAGAAUUUGAUGAAGGAGGAAUUCCAAUGAGAGUUAAGGAAAAGUCAGAGAUUCAAGGAAAAGGGAAGGAGAAAGAAAGUAAGAUUUUAUUAGUUAAAUUGAUAUAAAAUUUUGAAUUACGGGCUGCUUGGAAAAGCAUAUGCCUCACUGUCUAUUUUAACGAAAUAUACAAUUUUUUAAUACUAGAUUAUCGUGUUAAGAGUUUCGCAAAAUUUUAUGCACCGGGCAGGAUUCACGGGGCGAUAGUUACCGUAUUUACUCGAUUAAUUCCCUUGGGAAAUUAUUUUUCAACU